AUGACUGAUGAUAAAGCUGCAGAAACUUCUCUACAAUCAGAAAAUAAAUCCAAAGUCUGAGUAAAUGUCGAUUUUAAAGAAAAUCCAAAAAAAGGCGACAAGUUCACACUUUCAACCAAAUCAGCAAAAAGUAUACACAUAAAAAGUGGAUUUUCUCUAGAAACUAAAGCCUUUAGUCUCAAAAGCCAGCUAAAAAAUCAGACAAAUCAAAGCUCAGUCCCAAGAGAAGUAAAGUCAAGUCUAUUUCCUCGCAAAACGCUUCCUCAAACAUCGAUAUUGCUAUGAAGUAAAAAAGCUUCAAAAAAACCGAAAACAACUGACAGAGACAUUGAAUGGCUAAGCUCUCAAAGUGCUGCCUUUUCAGAGCGGCAACCUCUAAAAGCUCAAUGAGAACCUUCUCAAGAAGAAAAAGAGACUGGAAGUUUUUUAUAUUUCUUAACUGGAGACAUAAAAAUUAUUGUUGGCUGAAAACUGAAAAAGCUUCUUGAUAUAAUCUUAACAAAAUUUCCCCAAAGCAAAAUUAUUAGAGAUUAUUAUAGAAAUUCUGUGGAUGAGGUUUAUGAUGAAGUGUUUCAUUAUCUUUAUUCUUCGUAUAGUGAUUUCCCAAUCAUUAAAAUUGAAGAUCUCCCAGAAAAAAGUGAUAUCUUUAUUGUCAGCCCAAGAAAUAGGCUGAAUUUUGAUCCUUCACUCACUGGCUAUGACCCAGACACUCAGAUUAUUAUAAACACAUCGCUGCUCGACCCUGGACUUGGAGGUACUUUCAAAAUUUUGCCAAAAAGAGGCAAAACAGUCAUAGAGGGAAAAAACAAAUCUCCAAAUAAAGAAGGUAAGCAGACUGAAAAUAACAAAAAAUCUGAGAAAAAAUGCUGCAAUUUUAUAGAAUUUCUUCCUCUUGUUAAACGUAGCAAAAGUACGCAGCAUUUUAAUGGAAAAACUGAUAUGCCUUUAACAUUGCCUUUAUUUGCAAAUAUUGAAGAAACCAAGCUUAUCGGGCGAUGUCAAAUGACAAUGCAUUUUUGAUAGUGGGAAAUUCAUAGGGAAAAUUUUGUUCAAAGCAUUUUUGAUAGUGGACUUUGGCCUUUAACUUUCAGCCAAAUAAAACUAUAUAAAGAUUUCUUCGAUGAAAUGCACACAAUUAAAGUGCACGAUCAUUGGGCCAAGCUUAUCAGUUGGCGAGCUUUGGUUCAAGACAUGAAAUUAAGUCUUCCAAAAUCUUCCAGAAAAUCAAUCAUAAUUCAAAAUAACUUUGAAACAAAACCUUCGACCUAUGGAAGCGGCAGAGAAAAGUCUCUUAAUGGGUUUAAAGUAAAAGAAGGAACUGGCGGGUUUAGAAAAACCUCACUGCCUACUUUAAAGCUGGAAAAUGACAGACGAAAUUACAGAAUUCAAACUCUCCAAAUGCCAAGUGAAUAUCAUAAUGAAGAAUCCCCUGCCAAGCUUCCAAAAAUGAAAGACGUAGUUAAAGAGAUUCAAUCAGUAGAUAUAAUAUUUAUAUUGAAUAUAAUUACUCCUACUGUGAACUGCUAUCAUAUUUCAUAUAGGUUUAUUUAUUGUAAAAAACUAUAAAAAAUUCUAAAAAAUUCUUUGACACGAAAUGAAACAAUAGCAAUAGCAACAGAGUAUUGCUCUCUUCAAUUAAAAUCUGAAUCAGCAGAAGGUUUAGCUCCGAAUAUAGUAUGCAUGAAAUAUUCUCUGCCUUUUGGAGUGCUGAAAGGAAUUAACGAAAAGCUGCUUGAAGGGGAUAAAAUGACGUGAAAAGAGUUUUCUUUAUUUUACAUAAUAAUAUAUAAAAUAGGCGAACCUCCUCUCAUGGACGGUAACUAACACAUAUCUGGGCAUGAUUUUUGGAGCCUCAAAGAGAGAGCCUAAACACGAUCUCUCUGGAUUGUGGUUUAAUCCACUUGCAACUUAUUUUUACCUGCUGCACCCGGAUCAAUGGUGCCCGAAAGGAGCAGGAUGAAUUACUUGCUCAAGUUGCUGUGGUGGCUUGCCCUGAAUCGCAGCUGAGUCUUUUUCAUAGACGACCUGGGUAAGGGGGAAUUGAGAUAGAUGACGAAAAGCGGUCUCUCCAGCUGAAAAAUUGCCCUUUAAUGGGCAGAUCUGGCGCUGGAAAGGGCAGUGCUGACGUAAACUUAGGCAACGUCUUGGGUUGGAAAUAAAGGUUGCCAGCUGAGCCAGUGAAUGCAAUCUAGCAAAGCAGGGGCUUUAAAGGCCCAUUUAAUCUUUAAUCUUAUUUUACAUAAUUUUGGUUCUGGAAAGAGCGGAGCUCUACAAUAUUGUUGUCUUUUUAUUCAAAUAUCUUGGGAUAACUAAAAAAGAAGACAUUGAUGAAAAAAAGAUGAAUAAUGCAUUAAUUCAAAUAUUUGAAGAUAAAAAAUGCCCUGAAUAUGCUAAAAAACAAUGAAAUUCUAUAUGCAAUGCAGUGAUGGCAAAUAAAAGCGCAAUAAUUCAAAGGCCAGGACAUGAUGAUAUAGAUCUAGAUGAUAUAGUAAAUAUUGUGGCGGAGGCUAGAAUAUCACUUAUAGACUUACGUCUUUUUCUCUCAAUGAUUACUAAAGGCCUUUUAAAGUAG